AUGAGUAAAGUCAACCAGUCUUCAGUCACUGAGUUCCUGUUAUUGGGGUUCCCAGAUGUGACUGGCUACAAGGCCAUUGUUUUUUUUACAGCAGUCGUGUUAAUUUACGUCUUCACUCUGAUGAUAAAUGCUAUAGUCAUCGUGUUGGUCUCCAUAAAGCCUCAGCUCCAUUCUCCCAUGUACUUCUUCCUCCAGCAGUUAUUAUUCAUUGAAUCCAUGUUUCUGACUCUCAUUGUUCCUAACAUGCUGCGUGUUAUAUGGCUAGGAGGUGCCAGAGUCUCUGUUGGGGGAUGUAUAACCCAAACCUAUAUGUAUUGUGCCAUAGGAUGUACAGAAUGUCACCUCCUCACAGUCAUGGCCUAUGAUCGGUACUUAGCCAUUUGUAACCCUCUUCGCUACAACACCAUCAUGGACACCAGACUUCAGAAUCUCUUGGUCAUCUAUUGUUGGGUUUUUGGUUUCCUCGUGACCCAGAUCACUCUUAAUUUACUUUGCCAUCUUGAGUUCUGUGGCCCCCAUGUGAUAGAUCAUUUUUUCUGUGAUGUUGGACCUUUUAUUGAACUCUCCUGCUCUUACAAAGUUGUCUUACAACUGGAGAUCCUGAUUAUCUCUGUCCCUAUAAUAGUCAUACCUUUUAUUUUAGUCACUGUCAGCUACGUCUAUGUCUUCAUAACAAUUCUUGGCAUCUCCUCUGCGAAAGGGAGGAAGAAAACCUUCUCCACCUGUAGCUCCCACCUCACUGUGGUCACCUUGUACUUUGGCACCCUCAUCACCAUCUACACAGUCCCAUCUAAUGAAUACGCCUUGUCUAUAAACAAACUAAUAUCAUUUCUGUACAUUGUGGUGACUCCUCUGUUUAACCCCAUCAUAUACUGCUUGAGGAACCAAGAAAUGAGACUUGUCUUAGAGAAGUUAUUUAGAAGAAGAGAGAAAUAG